AUGGCGGCUUCUCCACUUCCAAAACUCUGCUCACCAUGGCACCAACUCUUCCUCCUCACCACCACCACCAUAAUCUCCCUCUCCAUCAUCACCUCCUCAUCACAAUCCCACUCCACAUACAUAAUCCACAUGGACCUCACCGCCAUGCCCAAACCUUACACCGACCACCACACCUGGUUCCUCGCCGCACUCUCCUCCCUCCCGCCUCCAUCCACCCACAUCUACACCUACACCGACUCAAUCCAUGGCUUCGCCGCCAAGCUCACCGAUCCACAGCUCCACGCCAUCAAAUCCCUCCCUGGCUACAUCUCCUCCACGCCCGACCGCCAGCUCCACCUCCACACCACCCGCUCCCCUAGUUUCCUCGGCCUCGACUCCCUCUCCCAAGCCUUCCCCGCCGCCAACCGCGGCCACGACGUCAUCAUCGGGUUCAUCGACACCGGCGUCUGGCCCGAGAGCGACAGCUUCCGCGACGACGGGAUGUCCAAGAUCCCGUCGCGAUGGAAAGGGAGAUGCGUCCCGGGGACACAGUUCAACGCUUCCUUGUGCAACAAGAAACUCAUCGGUGCUUCCUUCUUCAACAAGGGUUUGCUGGCCAGUCUCGGAGGAGGCAACUUCUCCGUCUCGAUGGACUCGGCCCGCGACACCGACGGCCACGGGACCCACACGGCGUCCACGGCCGCGGGGAGCCACGUGAAGCGCGCGUCCUACUUCGGAUAUGCGCCCGGGACGGCGAGGGGCGCCGCCCCGCGAGCUAGAGUGGCAGUGUACAAGGUUGCCUGGGAGUUCGGCACCUUUUCCUCCGACGUCGUCGCCGCCGUCGACCAGGCGAUUCGAGACGGCGUCGACGUGCUGUCUGUGGCACUGGGACUGGCGUUGUACGACGAGACGUUGGUGGAGGACGUGGUCGCGACGGCCACCUUCGCAGCGGUGGAGCGCGGCAUAUUCGUCGCGGCUUCGGCCGGGAACUCCGGCCCGUCGUACGCCACCGUGAUCAACGGCGCGCCGUGGCUGACGACGGUUGGAGCCGGGAGCAUCGACAGGAGGCUGGGCGGCGUUUUGAGCUUGGGAAGCGGGAAGAACGCCAAAACGGUGCCGUUUCUAUCGUUAUACGCAGGUAACUUCUCUGCCACGUCACAUGCCAUGGUGUUUCUCGACGCAUGUGCGAGCGUGGACGAUAUGAUGAGAAAUAGAAACAAGAUUAUCGUCUGCAGGGACAACUUCAGCAUCGGCACACAGACCCAGAACGAGAACGCCCGCGAAGCGAACGCCACGGCCGUGUUCAUUACCGCCAUGGCCGUGCCCGACUACUACAUGAGGAACUUCAUUCCCGCCGCCUACGUGGACUUGAAGCAGCACGGCAACAUCGUGACGGAUUACAUAAAGUCGAGUCAAAGUCCAAGAGGAAGUUUGACUUUUCGGAAGACAACGACCGGGUCAAAGCCGAACCCGAGGAUUGACCAGUUCAGCGCGAGAGGCCCACUGCCCAACUGCCCGACCGUCUUAAAACCGGACAUCAUAGCACCCGGUUCGUUCAUCCUGGCAUCCUGGUCCCCGACCAGUUCGGUCGUCGAGAUGCGUCCGCCAGAAUUCAGCACCCCGACGUUCAGCCCGUUUCAGAUCAUGUCGGGGACCUCGAUGGCCGCGGCCCACGUGGCCGGCGUGGCUGCGCUGAUCAAGAACGUGCACCCCGGCUGGAGCCCCGCCGCGAUUCGAUCGGCUCUGAUGACCACAGCCAGCUCGGUGGACAACGCUGGAGGGCAGAUCGGGGACGCUUCGAACUACACCGACCCGGCCGACCCAUUCGGGUUCGGGUCGGGCCACAUCGUACCGGUCAAGGCGGUCGACCCGGGACUGGUUUACGAUGCCACGACGGAUGACUACGUCCGUCUCCUCUGUGCGAUGAACUUCACGGCGAGUCAGAUCCGAGUCAUCACCAGAUCGUCGGCUCACAAGUGCGGCGGUAAUGGGUCGGAGGCGGCGGACCUCAACUACCCUUCUUUCGUUGCCUACUUCAAUGAUUUCGGGCCGGGUUUGGAACCGAGGGUGGUGGUUUAUGAGUUCAGGAGGAUCGUGACCAAUGUCGGAGAUGGAGCGGCUAGCUACACUGCGAAGCUGAGUGCGAUGAAGGGCGUGGUGGUGAAGGUGGAGCCGGAGAAGUUGGUGUUCGGGAAGAAGGGCGAGAAGCUGAGUUACAAGCUGACGGUGGAAGGUCCGAAGCUGUUGAGUGAGUUUGUGGUGCAAGGGUCGUUGAGUUGGGUUCAUGAUGGAGGGAAGUAUGUGGUGAGGAGUCCAAUUGUGGCCACAAAUCUCGUCCCAGUCUCGCCUUUUAGUGGUAACUAAUAGUACGCUUUGGAGAAAUUCCAAUAAUCCAUGGCUUUUAGAGCUUGGAACCCUUUGGGGUUUUUUGUUUUGUUUGUUUUUGUUUCUGU